AUGAAAAAUAACCCUGACUUCGACUGGAUCACGAAGGGCAUAUCAGGUGUUCGGGCCGUGCCGUGGAAGGGGGAACCGUUUCGCAUGAUAUUCUGCUAUCUCUGCCGAAACGGGGAAUUGCUCAACUGCGUCCACUUCUACCAGGAAUCCGAGGAAGAGAAACAAAAUCUUACGAGCCGCACGAUCACUCCCGCUGAAGUCCUCCCCAAAUUCACAGGCGCCGAUCCGAAAUUCCUUCGUCUGUUCGACCUGCCGAACUACAACGCCGAACACUACCGGUGGCGGCUCCGCACAAUGCCCGUCCUCUCCACCUGGAUCAACGGUCGCACGGCGAUUCUCGGUGACGCAGCCCACGCCAUGCCGCCUUUCAUGGCCCAAGGAGCCGCGAUGGCCAUCGAAGACGUUGGGGUCCUUGCCGGCCUCAUUCCUCUCGGGACCACGCGCGAGCAGAUCCCCGCCCGACUGGCUGCGUGGCUCGAUAUCCGGAAACCCAGGGCAGACUGGAUGAACAGGACUUCGGUUGCGCAGAUUCAGGCGAUCAUAGAUGGAAAUCAGGGCGGUGCGCAUUGUACGUUUUUCGGUUCAGUCAGACCUGAAAAAGAUCUUGACUACCUCUCAAAGCGGUAG